AUGAUGGCCCGGAUGAUUUCAGCCGCCUCCUUCCUCGUCCUGCUGUUCCUCCCUCCGAAGUCCUGCCUCCCCGCCCUGCCUCGCUUUGCCCCCCUGAGUGGCUCCAUGCCUCUCCCGUCCUGCAAGCCCCCGGGGACCCAGCAGCAGAGGGCCGGACGGUCGGCCCCAUCCUCCAAAAGGCGUGAUGGCCGCCCCAACUCCUUGGACUUGACCUUCCACCUCCUCCGCGAGUUCUUGGAGAUGUCCCGGGAGGAGAGGCUGGCCCAGAAAGCCCGAAGCAACAAAAUCCUGCUGCAUAAUAUAGGCAAAUGA